CACUAAACCAUUCUGCCCAGGAACCCAGUAGGGAACUCAUUCAAGAUGUCGAGCCCGCUCGCUUCGCGCGGGCACAGCAUCAUCGAGAAUAACAGCAGAAUGCUGAAACAGCACCGGCACAAGCAGGUUACCGGCGGCAGUCUUCCCUUCAUGCCGCAGCGCAUGAGCCGUAAGCAGCUCGAAACAUUGUCGUCAAACGUAGUGCGCAACCUGGAGACUCCGGUGUCGGAUCUGUACUCGGCGUUUCAACGACCGCUGCUGAAGGUGAGGUUUUCUGCAUGUAGUAUGUAGUGAGGUCACCGAACGGUUCUAACCAGGGAGUUUUUUUGCCAGCCAGACAGCAAAACGACCGGCAGUUUCAAAGUGGGCGAAAGUGUUUUUUGACAAAAAAGAUUUUCAAUUAUCAAGCGGCCGGGGCUUUAGCGGCAAAAUAGCCCGGGCGGAUUCUAUCGAUUCCCGCUUGAUAAAACGGCGCAGGGGAGCCGGCAAAGGGGGCGCCUUUCUGAGGCGCCCACCGCCUUGGUUUCUGGCGAUUUGAGGCGCCCAAAAAGGGGAGCGCAAAAAACGCGCCCAAAAUCAGAACAGCAAAACAGCGCGGCACGGUCGCGGUUUCGGAGCAUUUUUGGCGGCCGCGAAAGUGGCCGCAUUUUCGCCGGUUUCAGAGCCUGGGAAGCUUUGCAAAAGGCGCCGGCUAGAAAAAUAAAAACGCAAAAAAGCAAAAGCGCGCCAGACGCGCAAAGCCAAUCCGCAUGCUAUGAGCCCGAUUUUUCUUCGCUUUUUGGGCGCCCCCCGUGGUACCCGGAUCGACCCCAUAGCAUGGGGGCUGGCUGUCGGAAAGGAAUAUCGGGAAUUUGCCAAAAUUUGCGGCGUUUAUCAAGCGGCCGCCAUACCGUGCGGCUUAACGUUACUCACGGCGGUAUGGCGAGCCCAGAAAAAGCAAAGCCGCGGCCAAGGCGACGGCCGGCAAGAAAACGCCCACGACCUCACUACCCCCGCCCCGGCGGCUAUAUUUGGUACUUGGACUUCUUCCUACUCAGUCGGAUGUGACAGCUUUAAAUCAGUUUUUGGGGAAAUGCAAAAGAUUCCAACUCCUAUCAGGACUGCGCCCCCAGCACGCCGACCUCGUUGUCUCCGUGCAAAUCCGAGGGAGCAAGUCCUCCUCGUGCAGCCACGCAGGGCGGAACCGGGAUCAACGGCUCCAGUCCGACGAUGGAGCAGCUGCUGGAAAAUAAAACAGAGCUUCAGGACAACUUCAUCAAACCAUCUGACCUGCGCAGCCCAGGGGAGACUCAGGAGGAUCAAGUGGUGCUUUUCGAGGAAGACAUUGCGCGAUUGAAGAAGAGUCCGUCUUGCAGAAGCCCGAUGGCGUGGCGCCACCGGCGAGGUGGCUACGUGCACGCAGAGUUUGGAGCCAGUGCGAACCAGAAGCAGGUCACAUGGAACACAUUUAACAACGGAGCUGCAUCUUCCCCCACGGGAGGCUCACCCACGGUUGGCAACCAUAUAAUUCCGCAGCCAACACUGGGGAACGUCGGAACUACUUCUGCGAGUAGUCCGAGUUUGAGUCCGCCGAAUCAGGCGGGGGGCACUUUUGCCGCACAUAGUAAUCAAGGAAGUGCAUCGACAUCAUCUCCUGCUCGCGCCACCAAGGCAUGGCACUUGGUGAACGCCUCCUCUUCCUCUACCGCGCUCUCUCCCGUGUGCUCCGUCCCGCAGUCCCGAGCCGGUGGUCCAACGCUGCUGGAAACGAGUUCUCCCACGAUUCAAAAACCCAACCACUAUCCGGGGUUCAACCCAAACACCUUCGGAAGCCCAGUGCAGUUGAGCAGUGGCACCACGACGCCAUGCAGUCGCAACAAAACCCGGAACCGCACGAACACCGCGGUCGUCGCCCAACCGCAUCUGUCCUCCCCCGACCGGCUGCGGAACGCGUGCGCGCUGGCGGCCAGCGGACAAACGCCGGAGAAGCUGUUGCGGCCCAAUGGGUGGCUACCGAUGAGUGUGGACUCCCCGCCGGUGGAGCGCGUAAAAUUGACCAUGCCGUCUUUGGAAACUAUUCCGGUAAUUGAGGACUUCGAUGCAUAUUCCGACGCGCUGUCGUCUCCUUCCCCGGUGAGAGACAAGAAAGAGAAAGAGCAGGGCUUUUCGUUUGCUGCGAACUCAAACUCCGUGGUCACCGACAUCAAAUUCCCAGACAUGCUAGCGGCGGCUGCGAAAAAAAAGAGCAGCAACGCAACCGGUACAAGUACGGGCACUUCCACGACGACAGUACCAGGGCCGCAGCUAACCAGCUGCGCCAAAAGCCCAAGCCUGAGCCGCCUGGUGGGCACAACAAACAAGUCUGCGUUGCCUGCAGCAGCUGUGAAGGAAGACCAAGACACUACCUGUUCAGCAGGAGCUCCUCCUAUUCCAGCUUCUGGCUGUACUGCGGAUCACAAUCCUCUGUCGAUUCGCCGCGAGAACAUACUCGAAGCUGCGGAACAUGCGUCGGUAUCUGUGUCCCCUUCUGUGCGAAAUAAACAUCCGCGCAACCGCUUGCAGAAAACCAUGUCGGCAGCGGCACUGACGAGUAACACGCUCUCCGCAACGUCAAGUCCGCCGCCCAUGCCCGGAAAAACACACCGGCGCCGGCGCGGUGCAGGAACUACGCCGGGGACGAACACAAACGCAAGCUCGCCGUCGAGUGUUUCCCCCUUGAGACACGCUGCUGGCGUAGCAGCGGUCGAACACGAUGUCAUUGUGGAGGAAAGUGGUACAACAGAGGACCACGUCGAGCGGAAUGCGAAGAUCGCGUCUCAGAUCGCCUCGCACCGUCCCUGGACACCGGCGGCGGUAUCAGCAGUGCCCGGAGACACAAAAGCUCCAGACGAGAAAGCCGCACUCGGUAAAGCGCUGGCGAUGAUUCAGCAGGUUGAGAAAGUGGACAAAAAAAGUAGUGCGAGCAACUCUACGACAUGUUCGUCCGUAUCUGUGUCAACUGCGAAGAAAAGCAAGAAAUUUUCUUGCUUUUCUUCGCAGAAGAAAACAAGUAGGGAGCGUUCCUCGAGAAAGAAGGAUGUGGUUGUGUGCGACGACGUUGUGGCUUCUACGGCUGACGGCGACAAGGUACAAAAAAGUCGCGAUUUCGUUCUCAACACCAUUUUUGCAUCUUCUCUCUGUUUCUGUUUUUUUGUACGUGUAUGCGAUUGAGAAAAUCAUAUCAUCAGGCGCAAGCCGCACGAAUCGCAACACCAGGAGAUUUACACACAGCCUGCCUGAGUGGAGACGUCGCCUUGGUCGAGCAACUUCUUGAUGACUUACCAGUAGACUCAACCAUCGAGUCGGACGGUGUCACCCCAUUGUUGGCGGUUCUGCGGAAUCCGGUGGCAGCUGGCACGCUUGAUGUAGUCCAAAUGCUUCUGCGGGCACGAGCGUCUCUUGAUCGCACCUGUACGGUCCCCCCAUAUGACUCGCCGCUCCAGCGAGCCAUGCAUCUUCCCGAACAGUUUGAGAGGCUCCGACUACUGAUCACGCACAUGCACCGGGCUUUUGAGAGCGGCGAGUUCGGCGCUUGGCUGUGUAGAUAGACAGCAUUUCCGCUCCUUAACCCCGCAGGUUAUUUCCAACCAGUGCUUUUAUUCUUCUAUACCCAUUGAAAGAUCUACUCAAAUUGUGAAAAUCAAAAUUCAUGACAAAUUCGAUUGAAAGUCGUUGUGCUUCAAGUUUCCGUUUCCGUUGCAUAUGCUCCUAAUCUCGUUUUCCUUGUCAUUCCUUGCGGUCUAUGUAAAAUAGAUCGUAAAAGCGCGACUUGAACAGAAGUGCAACGUCGUGUGCUGUUGCCACAAUUUACCUGUACACGACAUUUUGGUCAACGCAUGUACUGGAAAGAAAGAGAGUACUACUUUGGACGCAAGUAUGCAUGGCUAGUAUACUACGAAUAUGAAAUUUCCUGUCGGGAAUGCCGGCUGUGUGCUUUUGCGAGUCUCCUCCUCGUUCUCGACGAGUACAUGCAGACGUCAUGUAAUUUGAGAGCGUUGGAGACGCCCCGACUUCACGUUUGGACGGACGAUGAGCGAGAACAACGUGAUUCAAUA